CGAAACGGGAAUCUUUUUUUUUUCUCCUUGGUGAAACUUCCUGGGUCUACUUUCAUCAAGUUAGUUAUGAAAUCUUCCUUUCCGCGUUGCUGUUAGGAGAGGGGAUAUCUUUGAAAUUCGGUUUAUCAUGCGGCAAACGUUAAAACAACCAGACCAAGUUUGUGAAUCCUGCGACGCUCGCUGAAGUUCAAACACCGAUCCGGCCGCUGUAACUACAAAUCCACCAUGGAAGAAGGGAAUAAACCUCAGCGCAAGAUGUCCACGGCGGGGGACAGCCUGUACAAGAUCCUCGGCUUGCAGAAGGGAGCCACUGCGGACGAGAUUAAAAAGGCGUACCGGAAGCUGGCGCUUAGGCAUCACCCGGACAAGAACCCAGACAACCCGGAGGCGGCGGAGAAGUUCAAGGAGAUCAACAACGCCAACGCCAUCCUCAACGACGAGAACAAACGCAACAUCUACGACGAGUAUGGCUCCAUGGGGCUCUAUGUGGCCGAGCAGUUCGGAGAGGAUAGCGUCAAGUACUACUUCCUCACGUCAAAGUGCUGGUUCAAGGCACUGGUGGUGUGCUGCAGCCUCUUCACCUGCUGCUGUUGCCUCUGCUGCUGCUGCUUCUGCUGCGGCCGCUGCGGCAAGAACCUGGAGGGGGACGGCGACCCCUACAUGGACCCAGAAGACCUGGAGGCCCAGAUCAGGGCCGAGCAGGACGCAGCCAAUGGGGAGACAGUAGUUGAGCAGCCUAGCCCCACGCCCUCGGGUGCCCGGGCCGCAGGCGAGAACACGCCAAUUGUCAUCCAGCCCCACGCGGCAAACGGCGGCAGUACCGAGUCCAUCGACAAGGACCAGGCCGUCUACCAGCUCACCAUCCCGGCUGAGGAAUGAGCGGGGACCCGGUGUCCGGGUCUUUCAAGGUCUUCAGGACUUUAUGACAGACCGUGGGGGGAACACCCCCACUGGAGCCACGCCCACAGUGGAUAAUGAAUAAAGUUGUGAAUGAGACCAGGGAGAGAAGAAAAAAAGAACGGAAAAGGCCUGAAAGAGGAUUUCUUUUUGGAUUUUUUUUUUUUUUUACAGGAAUUAAACCGAAAUUAGAGGAUUUUCUUCGUUUCUUUUAUUUUUCCUGAUGCCAAAGUUUCACGAUUUAUUUCGUGAAACGUUCUUAUUUAUUUUUACAGAAUUGUUUUAGGCUCUUUCCUUUAGAUUUGUUGGAAUUGUGGAUGAAUACUUUGUUGCACUUCAAGGCGGAUUGGAGAGCGUUUGACCCGGCCAGCAUUGCCCCAACAGCCCGCGGUGUUGGUUUCUAAAGGUAAACGUUUGAAUCUCUGCUUACUGCUGCUGACGGUCGAGACCACAACUCGGGAAAACCGCUCGUUUCGACUGAAAAAAAAUAAUUUUCAGCAUGUAUCACGUCAUCACAAGCACCAUCAUAAACGUCUUCCGAUUGGCCGUUUGUGAACGUUGUAAACCAUGAGAAGCAUGGAAGGUCGGGACUAUAUUUGAUUCUUCGUUCCCCGGUGUGUAGGCACUGUAGAAUACUCCAGCAUCACGCCAAUAAGAAACUAAGAUGUGCUCAUUUGUUUUUUUCCGGGUGAAAUGCUGAGAAAACCAUUGAUUCACGGGGUGGAGGGGGAUUUUAAAUGACGUAGAUGUACACGAAUCUUCCGUGUUUGACUUUGUUUUUAAUGUUAAAUCAGAAAUAGCCUAGCUACUGUAUAGGUGUAUUUGUAAUUUACAUUCCACCAAAUAUGUUUCCCCUUAUAAAAGUACCACUGAAAUGUAUAAAGUGUAUAUAUGAAAUGUUGAUGCAUCUCUCUUUUCUGAACUGCAUUUCAAUUUUCAAUUAAAUUUUAAACUUCUCACGUCAACGUCAC